GCCACCACCUUAUGAGAAUUCGCCUUUGUCACACCGGUUUAUUUUCUAGUAAUAAGUUUGCCAAUCAAUUUGUAUUAUUUGUUUAAUUCUCGCCAUUUAUCACGUUAAAUAUUACGUUAGGAAAUAUGGAUGAAUGUAAAAUUGCAGUUUUUGGCAUUGUGGACUCGCUUAGCACACGCUACGGCAACACAUUGGCGGGACAGUUUGUUGAUGGUAGCAAAAUAUCGUUGCACGCAUUUAGACCAAUAACUGCAAGCACACGGGAUCAGCCGACUGAAUAUGCUGGAAAGGAUCCAGUACAUAUACAUCUGUUGCAGCCGGAAUUUAUCUUCGAUGACCCGAUUUUAAGAAGCCUUAUAGCAGAGGCCAACUCAACGUUUGUAGCUCUGCAAUCACUAAAAAAGAAAGGCUCAAAGGCAGACUAUACAAAAAUAUCUAGAACAUACCGUAGUAUAAUUAGAGCUUGUUUGGAAAAACUACAAGAUGCAGCUGGAAGCGCAGAACUCGAAAUGCCAGAGAAGUAUGAAAUGUAUCAGCAUUUUAUUUCGAUAUUCUAUUCCAUUGAGUGCAUUUGGCAUUUGAGUGAAAUACUCUUUUUGGAACAGUCAUCAUCAAAUGUUAUAGUGCCCCAACUACUCGAAUGGGUUCGCUUCCAUUUCCCUGCUGCGGAACGAAUGGCAACUGACUUGUUAUUGCUUGGACGUGACGCCAGUGACAGUGAUGAAUACUGGCCUGCACUGAAGGGUUUAAUAAUGCAAGGUCAAGUAGAUGUGGCACGAGCAAUUCUGCAGCUUCACCCUCAAGCAGAAAGCACUGCAUUUAAAAUGGCCGAGCAAAUUUUUAAAGCUAUGCCUACAUAUAAUGUAUUUGGCGGAUUUUCAAUACAAAAAUUUAGGUCUCAAUGGCAGUAUUGGCUCACAGAUACCGAACGUAAAUUGAGCGCAAACAUUCUAAGCAUCGAACCCUCAUUGGAGGAACUAGUACAACUUGUGACUGGCAACACGGUCGUCUGGAAUGCACAAAUACAAAAUUCAGAAUAUUGGUACGAAUAUCUGCCCGGCUAUCUGUUUUACACUAAUCCUGCUUGCAAACACUUUGAGUUGGGUACCGCUGCCAACUCCUGGUUAGAUCGUUGGGCACGAUUCAAAUCUCAACAGGGCAAAGAGCCGAAACUUAAGCAUUUGGAUAAAGUAAUAUUGUCUCUGAUGGAAAAUGAAAUGCAUCAAGUUAUUCACUCGAUACAGCUGAUGGCGGACAAUCAAUGGUUCGUUACGCAUCUUACUGAUUUACUCUAUAAUUGUGGUCAAUUGCAAGUAGUAGGAGAUCAUCAAAUGAAUGACUGCAUUAAACUGAGAGAUUCACUAUUGUACGAGUUCGGUAGUUGUUUAAUGUCCAGAAAUUCGUUAUGGCAAUUGGGUAUGGAUUAUUUGCAAUUUUGUUCGGAAGAAGGAUUAGCUGCUUUGGAAUUGUGUCUAACUAAGAUACCGAUUAAAACUGAAAAACAAGCUUUCAAAGUUUUAGAAAUCUGUAGCAAGAAACAUUUUAACAAUGCCGAACAGGAAAUUUGCAAAGUUCAAGCGAAAAAAUCAUUAGACAGCCAUCGUUACGGAAAUGCUUUAGAAUGGGCCAUUCGAUCAAAAGAUACUUUGUAUGUCACCUCAAUAGCCGAUUUCCUUUUAAAGCACUAUUCUCGCACGGGAGACAUGUUAUGUCCGGAUGUUAUAGCCAAUAUCGGAGCCAAAAUGUUUAUUUCACCGAGAUUGGUGUUUUUAGUGAAAUACUUUGAUUUCUACCAAUUUUAUCGUAAACGUGACUUCCUACCAGCUGCAGAAUUACUAGUAAAUUUGUUAGAAUCAAAAAUAACACCAGAAUACUUUUGGCCCUCAUUAUUAAUUGACACCAUACCACUUUUGGAAUCUAAAGAUCCUAAAAUACUUUCAAAAGAAACCAGUGCUAUUUUACACCAUUUGGAAUCGGAAUUAGUGCCGCUGAUUGAAAAGAAAAAGAAAAGAUUAGAGAAAUAUCCAGAUGAACCUGUUAACAUUCUCAAGGACUAUCGUAUUGAAAAUAUUGAAGAAAUCAUAAAUUUAUUACGUUUGGCUUGCGCCCGCAAUCUCUCGCGGGCGAUCAUUAUAGAAAACACUAUGAUGGGUUGAAUAUAUUUAUUUAUUAUUAAUGAUAAGUUUUUUUUUUAUUAAUUAUAGUUUUUAAUUUCUUUUGUGUAAUGUUAUCUCAAUUUUUUCUAAUAAAUUGUUCAUAUUACAUUGUAUUUGUCAGGGUGGUUUUGUUCGAAACUGCUACACUCAAAACCAACAAAA